CCAACGCCACCACCACACUUCUCAAGAGUUCAUACGACGUACUCGGUGAGUAUUGACCGCGCUUUCUGAUAACUAUGACCUGACCUUGUGGCUCGGAUUUUCUGUUCAUAUUCUCCGGAGAAAUGUCUUACAAAUUUACCGUUUCUAUAAGUAUAAUGACCGCGGCAAUUACGGAGAUGGCUCUCAUCAUUUUCAUGAUGUUUCUUCCUUUAAAAAUAAAAAGGCAGACGUUAGUUCCCCUUUCCUGCCUUCAUGCAGCUCUUCAUCAAUGAUACUGCCUCGAUAUCUGGCUCUGUCACUUCCCUUCCAGCCUACACUCGACGGGAAUCCCCUCCUCCUCGUUUCCCAACCCAACAUGUCUUCCAGCUAUCCCACAACUUGAGCGACAAAAGGAACAGCAAGCCAUGGAUCACAUUGUACCUCAUCAGCAAUUCUCGCGAUCCAAAGUCCCUUCCUACCUAUGUCGAAGGUGACAAAAUCACAGGUUCCGUAGAGUUGGACCUUGAAGAGGCAGGAGACAACAUCCAGUCAGUUAAAGUCAUUGUGCGCGGAGACCUGACUAACGGAUACGAUGCUCAAGAACGAACAACUUUCCUGGAGUUAACCCAAACGCUGUGGUGUAAGUCGACAGAAGACUCGGGACGGACUAGUGGUAGACUUUUGGGACAUAACCGUUGGGCUUUUUCCGUUUCCUUACCCAAAACAGUCACCAUCCCCGGGUCGCCGGUAGACGAUCGACGCCAAUUUCCCCUCCCGCCUACUGUCGUGGAACGAUACACUCGCGCUAGCGUCCGUUACGACCUCAUCGUUCACGUUGUCAGAAGUAAAUUCCGAUAUAAUAGCAGCCUUUCAACUACUUUUGUCUAUAUACCUGCUACAAGGCCCGCACCGCCGUCACCACUACGACAGCUCGCUUACCAAGAUUCGAGCCCAAUCAUAGGUCCAGAAACAGAUCCUGAAGGAUGGAACACUCUACCCCCAGUUAAGAUACAAGGAAGUUUAUUCAAUGCCCGCAAUAUUGAAGUUGUCUGCCAUUUAUCCUUGGCGAAACCCUUGUGUUAUACCCGCGGCUCAGUAAUACCUCUUUCACUCCUACUUUCUUCCGCAGACAGUCAGGCUCUCGACCUCUUCUCCGUCCGCCCAGCCAUCGAUGUACGACUUCGGCGACAAGUUCAUUGCCGACACGAGCUCGUUCGUGCCGAGAUUAACCGUCCUAUAGGAAUGUUGGGAUUCACUAAGAAGACCAAAAAUCAGUCUUCCGAGGAUUCUGCCUUGGCCGUUUGGUGGCUCUCCCCCGAGGGUUGUCGCGAGGCCGGCGAUGGAUUGGUAUCACGUAGAAUGCAUGGUGAGCUGUCUCUCCCCACCAGCUUAAAGCCGAGUUGUGAGAUCUCGCAUUUUCGUAUCUGUUAUACCGUCGCUCUCUUUCCAUUUGAUACUCCCGGCUUCCAGGUAUCUUCCCUCGAUCAAACUAAUAUCAACUUGGAACCACUACUGGAGCAGCAAGUCAAUAUCGCUACAGUGUUACCGAGAGGUCCACGACCCAUUUCGUACGCUCCUCCUGAUGCAGCUGGAUGCCGACGGGGUAAACCUGUCCGUCCAUCUUCUGCUUGUCGUCCAUCGUCAGCCCAUGUUCGGCGACCAUGAACCCAUAUUGUAUCCAGUUUGAAAUUGUCACCGUGGACCUAUGCUAUAUCUACUAUCUGAUCCCAGAGGUCAACAUACUAAUAUCAAUGAC